AUGUCGGGUAACCCGUCAACCACGCCUUCGUCGCUCUCCGGAUACGACACGAGCACGGAACAGCCCCCUGAGCCGAGUACACGAGAAAAGACGGGCAUUGAAACGGAAAACGUGCGGCAACUGCAGCACCAUGAAAUAGAUUACCCGGAAGGAGGACUGAGGGCCUGGUUAUGCAUCGCCGGAUCGUCAGCCAUCAUGUUUUCCACUUUUGGGUAUCUUAACAGCUGGGGGAUAUACCAAGAUUACUACCACAGUCAUCAACUCCGAGACUACUCCCAAUCAACAAUUUCGUGGAUCGGAUCAGUUCAGGUCUUCCUCCAGUUUGCUGGAGGCAUUGUCGGCGGACCCCUUUUCGAUCGCUAUGGUACCAUUCCCUUCUUACCAGCUACGGUUGGAUAUUUUCUAUCCAUCGUUUUCACGAGUCUCUCUAGCAAAUACUAUCAGUUCUUCCUCUCGCAGUCGAUUCUCGGAGGGCUAUGUAUUGGUGUCAUGUUCACGCCAUCGAUAGCCAUCGUGCGACAUUAUUUCCACAGAAGAAUGGGUGCUGCCAUGGGCAUUGUGGUGGCCGGUUCGUCGAUUGGUGGCUUAGUUUUCCCCAUCCUUUUGAAUCGCCUGCUUUACCACCACAAAAUCGCCUUCGGUUGGGCCGUCCGCGCCUGCGCCCUCAUUGUCCUCGUGCUUCUGUCGUUCGCUAUACUCGUCAUCCGCCCCCGCCUGAAACCGUCCAAGCACCCCUUCGACUUCAAGCUUCUCAAGCGACCCGUUUACAUCCUUGCAGUUGUAGGUAUCUGGCUGAUGAACUGGGGCCUCUAUGUGCCCUUCUUCUACCUGCCCUCUUUUGCGCUCAAGGUGGGCAUGGACCCUCAGCUCGCAAGUUACAUGGUGGCCAUUCUCAACGGCGUAUCCUUUUUCGGUCGAAUCUUCGCCGGCCUCGCCGCUGAUAAAGUGGGCCGAUUCAACAUGCUCACGGGAAUGUCACUUGGAUCCGGCACGCUCCUCUUCUGCUGGCCAGCAAUCCAUACCAAUACGGGCAUCAUUAUCUUUUCUGCUUUUGUCGGCUUCUUCGUUGGAGCCAUCGUCUCGCUUCUCUCAGCAUGUGUCGCCCAGAUCACCCCGGACCCAAAGUACGUAGGUGCUCUGACUGGCUUCUCGAUGAUGUUUUGGUCUUUUGCUGGCCUAAGUGGCCCACCCAUCUCAGGUGCCAUCAUUGGAUCAAAUGGCGAUUUCUACAAAGCCGGUCUCUUUGGAGGGGCGGCUUUCUUCGCCGGAGCCAUCAUUGUAUUCGCGGGACGUCUCGUGGCACAGCCCAAGCUCGCGGCACGGUUUUAG